CUAACAAUUAUUUAAAAGAAACAAUUAUAUUUUUCUUGUAAUGAAAACAAUAAACUGCGAAAAUCAAUAACUGGGACCACACAUUCGAUUAAUUCCCGAGCAAAUUAAUCACAAUUCUAGGCGUGUUAAGGGAGCGGCACAAACCACCCCUCGUCUCAAUUAUGCCAAUCAUGGCCACGUUUUAUGCCAAUCCGAAUGAUACCAACGAUCCCUGGAUCGAAAAAGCCGCUUUUAACGGCUUCCGAAAUUGGCACGUCAUGUUUUUCUGCUUUUCGGGGCUCACUGCUAUCAUGAUUUUGAUCUGUUGUUGCGUCAAGUUCAGAGUACCCAGAACCAAACAAGAGAUCGAGGGUGAUUACAAGCGGAAGAAAUUGGCCGAAAAGUUUCAAGAAAGACUCCGCUUGAUCCAAAAACAAGACAUGGAUAUUUUGGAUUUGCAACAAGCCUUGAAACUCAUUCAAGAGGAUUUUGAUCAAGAGAAUGCCAAGAUUCAAGAAAAAGUUAACUUGGAUUUGCAACAAUUCGCGACAAAUUAAUCAAAUUUCGCGGCAAAUUCUUUGCCACCAAACAAUUUAAAUAAUUAUUGCACAAGUCGGUAUAGUUGUUUUAUUAAAUUUAUUCAACAUUAGGUUUUCAAAAAGUUUGGAUUAAUUAUUCUGGAAUAAAUAAACUGCGACAGGCUUG